CAGACGUCGACACGAUGUGUGACGUUGCCGUGACGUUUCGCAAGGCUGUCACUGGACGAGUAUUGUUUGAGGGCUGCAGCUAACGACAGGCAGGAUGUUGCGUCUUCGGUGCAAGACUAAAAACGGGAGCCACCUCAUGCAGGGGCUGAGCCAGCACUCGUGCGUGCAGGAGCUGAAGAGCAAGGUGGAGGAGCUGACGGGCAUCCCCUGUGACGUGCAGAAGAUCCUGGUGGGGUACCCCCCCUCCAGCUUGGACCUGCGGAACGGCCACGCGCACCUCAAGGACUACCCCAUCAAAUCAGGAGACACACUGAUCGUAGAGGAGGAGAAGAACAAGAUGAAGACUCAGGCCAGCUCCCUGCCCCCCCAGGCCAGCUCCCCGUCCCCCCAGGCCAGCUCUCCGGCCCCCAAGACCAGCUCCCCGCCCCCCAAGGCCGGCUCUCCGGCCCCCAAGGCCAGCUCCCCGCCCCCCAAGGCCAGCUCCCCGGCCCCCAAGGUGCCGCGGCUGGAGCCCAGCCCCGAGCCCCGCCCGGUGCUGGCCCGCCGCGUGGUCCCGGCCGACAACUCGUGCCUGUUCACCAGCGUGUCGUACGCGGUGGAGGGCGGCGUCUAUGACCCGUCCUGCUCCGCCGAGCUGCGCCGUCUGAUCGGCCGCACGGUGGCGGGCGACCCGGCGGCGUACUCAGAGGCCGUGCUGGGCAAGACCAACGAAGAGUACUGCGCCUGGAUCGGGCGAGACGACACCUGGGGCGGGGCCAUCGAGGUGUCGAUCCUGUCCCGCUUCUACCAGUGUGAGAUCUGCGUGGUGGACACGCAGACGCUGCGCGUGGACCGCUUCGGCGAGGACGCCGGCUACCGCAAGCGCGUGCUGCUGAUCUACGACGGCAUCCACUACGACCCGCUGCAGAAGGAGACGCCCGGCUCGGACGCCCCUCCGCAGACGGUGUUCGCCGCAACGGACGACGUCAUCCUGGCGCAGGCGCUGGAGCUGGCGGACGAGGCGCGGCGCCGGCGGCAGUUCACGGACGUAAACGGCUUUGCACUGCGCUGUUUGGUGUGCCAGACGGGCCUGGUGGGACAGAAGGAGGCCCGGGACCAUGCCAAGGAGACCGGCCACACCAACUUUGGGGAGGUGUGAGAGCUACUCGCUCCCCCAUUCCCCCCUGCCCUCACCCCCCUCCUUAACAACGUCAAAAUCACACACCCGCUCCCCAAUCUGGCAAAGCCGUGGUACUGGCUAUUUGUCUAUCGGUCUGCUCGGGCCAUCCUCUACCUCACAUAGUUCAGCGGAGUCCACGAGGAACCAGUAGACACUGUGGGUUCUGUCAACACGGUCAGUAUUCAAGCUACGGUUGGUUCUCAAAGCCUGCUGCGGUGGAACAUCCCAGCAAAGCUUUCAUUGGGUUCUGCUGUCUCAAGAACCCAGCAUGUCAAGCAUUGAGCCGGGUGUGAAUUAGGGAUAGGCCAAAGUGAGUCCACAACCGCAGGAGUCAGUGACGCGUGGAUAUGAGUCCUGAGCUGGAGCGGGCUGUCAUUGGUUAACAUGCAGUCCUCGUCCGGCCCCGGUAUGCCGGAUCAGGCUCACGGACUUCAUGGUGCUCUGCUGUCUGUCUACUGGUGACCUGAGAGGCUGAACGCACCAGAAAGAAUGCUACUCAUGUAGCUCACUAGCUAGCACAUAUUUAUUUAGUCUGUAUCGGAUGUCAGGGUGCCUACCCACACUACUUUUGUGAUAGUUUAUCUACAUUUAGAAGAGGAACAGAAUUCAAGCUACAAAGAGAGGAUCGUGUUUAGGUGGGGAUUAAACUUCUCAGUUCUCAAGUGUUUUUAAAGUGUUACGUUAAGCUAGUCAAGUUACUACUCUGAGAUGACGACAUGGUUUAUGUUCAGGUAUAUUUUCAAGGUGAAUGAAAUUUUUUAAAAUGCCAAUGUUUACAUGUGUGCUAAUAUUUGUGUGAGGAGCAAGAUUUAGCUUUUUUAGUUUUGAGUCCAACGUGGGACUUUUAACUGAUGUGUAAGGAACAACUGGUGUUUUCUUAUUUUAUUGUGAUGAUUUUGUUUCUUAAGCCCCUGUUCUGAUGCACACAUUUUUACCGACUACCAAAUAAUGGUCAGAGGAACAGAGUGUAGGAAUGCUGAUAUUUUAUAAAUAUAAUAUUCACUCAGUCUUAGACGAUGCCAACUGUUCCUACGCACAAAAUGCUUUGUUCAUGAGCACACAUGAACUGUUUGUAUAACAAUAUACUUUUUUUUUCCAUAAAUGAUUCUCUCUCUCUCUCUCUCUCUCUCUCUCUCUCUCUCUCUCUCUCUCUCUCUCUCUCUCUCUCUCUCUCUCUCUCUCUCUCUCUCUCUCUCUCUCUCUCUUUCUUUUGUGUGUGUGUGUGUGUGUGUUGGUAAAACAGUUGCAGGUACUGUAGAUGGAGCAACAAGUCUGAUCUCAUCUCAAUGUUGGACCUAUUGAUCAAAGGGAGCCAAGAGCAGAUCAAUCGUUUGAGGUAGUUGAUGUCAGGCUGCUGUUCAGUUCCAAGGACAAGGCCUUACUAUGCCUUCUUAUUGAUCGAUCCAUUGAUGAUUUCAGUGGGAUCGGUGUAGGAAGGCACCCAUCACCUUUGUUUUAACCCUUUCAGAUCCAUUUGACCAUCAUUACAUAGACGAGUAGCAAUGUGUUCAGCUUAUCCCCACUACUCCCACUACUGCCCCCUAGUGUCAGAUUGUCCCCACUACUGGCCCCUAGUGUCAGAUUGUCCCCACUACUGGCACUAGUGUCAGAUUGUCCCCACUACUGGCCCCUAGUGUCAGAUUGUCCCCACUACUGGCCCCUAGUGUCAGAUUGUCCCCACUACUGGCCCCUAGUGUCAGAUUGUCCCCACUACUGGCCCCUUAGUGUCAGAUUGUCCCCACUACUGGCCCCUAGUGUCAGAUUGUCCCCACUACUGGCACUAGUGUCAGAUUGUCCCCUGGCACUAGGGUCAGAUUGUCGGCAUGGGAUUUGGUUUUAAGAUGUUGAUUUAUUUGGUUGAUUUAAAUGAUUUAUUUUGUGGCCAUUUAAUCAUACUUUGAUAAAGAUGUAUGCAUUAAUUCACCAGAAGAUGUCUCGUGUUAUGAAUUUAUAGCUCUUCAAAUUGCCUGUUUCAUUUUAUUGGGAUGGUUUAAAAUCCAUGGAGGUAUGGGAUGAUGUAAGUUUUGACAUUAUACAUUUUCCCCUUACGUUUCCAAGGAGUUGUUGACCCUUCCCCCCCCCUUGGUCUGAAUAAAACAAUAAAAGCCCAUAAGACAGAAUUUGUUGUUGGUCUCUACAAAUUGAUAAUCACAGAGUAUGUUCAGCUCACAGUCCUAACCCUUAUUUUGUUGAUUUGGGAAAAGGUUGAAUAUAACAAUCACGGUCAAUACAACAGGUCCGUUACUUGUAGGCUAUCCAGUCGGUUGCAAUCUGCAACCUCAGCGCUAGAUGCCAGUCUAUUAAAUUAUACACACUACACCUUUAAUAGGAUUGAA